CAAAUAGUCUUUCCAGUGCCGUUAAAGAGAAAACACACUUCGUAUAUGCACGAAAUACACAAAAACUUCAUGAGAUGCCGAUAACGCACCACAAUUAUUCCAACUUUAACCAGUUUCCUGCAGUUUCUGAGUUGAAAUCACAGGAAGGCCAUCUCCGAGCUUUUAUGCGUUAUGGCAAACCAUUAGAACCGUUGCCAGUCAGCCAACAAGCCUCCGUCUGAAGCAAAGACGAAAGGAAACACCGACGAUGUUACGAAAUGCAACAGCUCCAGCAUGAGAAAAGUGGUCCUGUUUUCGAAGCGGUCGAGGACGAGUGAAAAAGUCAUGUGCUUAUCCAUCUGCUAGGCUGGGAGAGGAUGAACUGGUCAGAGUUGUGUUGGUGAGCGCCAGAAUUGACUGAGCUUUGCUGAGAGUUCUAAAAAGGGAAAACUUCUCUGAGUGAUCUGAGUUCCAUUACGAAGGAAAAUCGUGUUUAGCUGUGUGGGUUCAAAUGGAAAAGUCAUGGAAACGGUUCAAGCUCAUGGCAAAUGAUUCAUACGAGUUAGUCUUGGAGUGAUGGUACAAUGUGAAGGAAAUCAGGCCGUUGAAAUAUAAGCUCAAUGUGCCGUUCAGGUGUGCUCAAAUGUGCUCUGUCUAGUGUACCCUGGUGGAAAUUUUUUCUUUGCUUUGGAUGAUGAAAGUUUGCAAUGCUUGGCUUGCAUCAAAGAAAAAAAAAACAGGGGAAGUGAGAAGGAAGUGAAGGAUAUUCUAUUCCCUCUAGUGCAAAAGUGAUUAAACGUACUUGUCUCAAUGUAAUAGUAUUUCACCUGAAAUAUUUGAUGCUUGAAGAAUGUGUGGUUAGUUUCGGGAUUAACGAAGAAUAAAAUAGUAAUCAUUUAACUAGUGUUACCCUGUUGCUGUUAAAUUAGAUUAACAAAGUUCAUGUUGGUGUUAUGAAUAGUGUUAUUAUCUGGUAAAACAACUUAUUAAUGCUAAGAAAACAAACAGUUAAAGUGAAUACAAUGCGAAUGAAAGUGUGUUAAAUGCAUGUAUUGUAAUUCUGGAGUGUUGCGCAAAGAUAAGCGGCCGCAUAAUGGGUAACCACGGUAGAUCUUCAUCGGCUAGAGUAGCAUCCAGAAGUGAUAUGUUGUUUUAUCCCCUGGUAAAUGUGUCCAUUCUAGUGUUGGUGUUCAAUAUCAGUGUAGUGAGUGGAUAUAAUCAGUUACAUAUCGGUGGAAUAUUCCCCAUCAACGGUAAAGGCGGCUGGCAAGGAGGUCAGGCGUGUAUGCCAGCUGCUAAACUGGCUCUUCAGGAUGUCAACGAGAAGGAGGAUCUUUUACCGGGAUUUAACCUGACACUUCAUAGCAACGAUAGCGAGUGUGAGCCCGGGCUCGGGGCUAGUGUUAUGUACAAUUUGCUGUACAAUGCACCUCAGAAGUUGAUGCUCCUAGCGGGCUGCAGUACGGUUUGUACGACAGUAGCCGAAGCAGCGAAAAUGUGGAACCUAGUUGUGCUUUGUUAUGGUGCAUCUAGUCCUGCCUUAUCAGAUAGAAGUAGAUUUCCUACGUUAUUUAGGACGCAUCCAUCUGCCACUGUACAUAAUCCUACUAGAAUUAAGCUAAUGCAAAAGUUUGGAUGGUCGCGAGUAGCGAUCCUCCAACAAGCCGAAGAAGUGUUCAUAUCGACUGUCGAGGAUUUAGAAACUCGAUGUAAGGAUGCUGGUAUCGAGAUAGUGACGAGACAAUCAUUCCUUUCCGAUCCAACCGAUGCAGUGCGAAACCUUCGCCGACAGGAUGCUCGGAUCAUCGUUGGACUAUUUUACGUAGUCGCAGCCAGGCGGGUCCUGUGUGAAAUGUACAAACAGCAACUUUAUGGCAGGGCGUACGUGUGGUUUUUUAUAGGAUGGUACGAAGAUAACUGGUACGAAGUAAAUCUCAGGAACGAAAACAUUUCAUGUACCAAAGAAGAGAUGAGGAUGGCAGCCCAAGGGCACCUGACAACUGAAGCGCUCAUGUGGAAUCAAAACAAUCAGAAAACCAUCUCAGGAAUGUCGUCGGAAGACUUUCGAAAACGUUUGAACGCUGCGCUCAUAGAGGAAGGUUAUGACAUCGACCAUAACCGCUAUCCGGAAGGAUACCAAGAAGCACCACUGGCGUAUGAUGCUGUGUGGAGUGUGGCCUUAGCAUUCAACAAAACGAUGCAAAAACUCAAGGAAAUGAACGUGGGGAAGAAUCUCAAAGAUUUCACCUACACUGAUAAAGAAAUUGCAAAUACUAUCUAUGCUGCAAUGAACUCGACACAAUUUCUAGGUGUCUCGGGAUGGGUGGCGUUUAGUUCGCAAGGUGAUCGUAUAGCUUUAACGCAAAUAGAACAGAUGAUUGACGGGCAGUACUACAAAUUAGGAUACUAUGAUACACAAGCCGACAAUCUCACCUGGUUUGACAAGGAGAAAUGGGACGGUGGAAAGGUUCCACAGGACAGGACAAUCGUGCGACGGGUAUUGCGGACCGUUUCGUUGCCCCUCUUCAUCUGCAUGAGCACCGUCUCCAGCUGUGGAAUUCUGGUGGCGAUAGCUCUCAUCGUGUUCAACAUAUGGCACCGACACCGGAGAGUCAUCCAGUCAUCACAUCCAGUAUGCAACACGAUAAUGCUGUUUGGAGUCAUCAUCUGUCUAGUCUCGGUGAUACUACUCGGAAUCGAUGGACAGUUUGUCACUGCCGACAACUAUCCCAAGAUUUGUCAGGCAAGAACCUGGAUCUUGUCGAUGGGCUUCACGUUGGCAUACGGAGCAAUGUUCAGCAAAGUGUGGCGUGUACACAGAUUCACAACGAAAACAAAAACCGAUCCAAAAAAAAAAGUGGAACCCUGGAAACUCUACACGAUGGUGACAGGCCUGCUAGCAGUGGACUUGGUUAUAUUGCUGACGUGGCAGAUUCAGGAUCCAUUGCAACGGCGCUUGGAAACGUUUCCCCUGGAGGACCCCAUCUCCAGCAAUGAUGAUGUGAAAAUUCGACCGGAGCUUGAACAUUGCGAAAGCCAUAACAACUCGGUUUGGCUAGGUGUAAUUUACGGCUUCAAAGGACUAAUACUUGUGUUUGGCCUGUUUCUCGCCUACGAAACCCGUUCACUAAAAGUAAAACAGAUCAACGACUCACGAUACGUGGGUAUGAGCAUCUAUAACGUUGUUGUACUAUGUCUAAUUACUGCCCCGGUGGCAAUGGUCAUCGCCUCCCAGCAGGAUGCAUCUUUUGCGUUUGUUGCACUAGCUGUCCUCUUCUGCUGUUUUCUUAGCAUGUUACUAAUAUUUGUGCCAAAGGUAAUCGAAGUCCUGAGGCAUCCAAAAGACAAAGUAGAAUCGAAAUUUAGCAACGAAACUGGUAUUUCUAAAGAGGACGAGGAACGAUAUCAGAAACUUGUAACGGAGAACGAUGAUCUCCAAAAAUUGAUUGCUCAAAAAGAAGAAAAAAUUCGAAUACUGAAACAACGACUAACUGAGAAGGAAUCGACAGUGAAAAGUGGACAUACUCAGCUCAGUGAUCCACACACUGCAAAUGCUCAAUUUAACAACAAUCAGCUGACUGUAGCGGCCGCGAGCGGUUUAACGCAAGACCUUCGUGAUGAAAGGAUAUGAAAAUUAAGUCAAUUCACAACCACGUGAUAGUUACUAGUAAGACUUUACCAUUUUUUAUAAAUAAAGUCAUCGAACAACCAUUAGCGCGGAGGACACCGGAGACAAAAUCUCAUAACUCAAAUGUUCGACGUACUGCAUAGAUAGUAACGCAUCACUCAUCGGAUUGUUGUACAUCAUUUUCGUCCUGUUUUUUCUACGAAAUGUUAAAGUUUUGUACAAUUGUAUUUUAGCGUAUUUGAGAAAUAAUUCGAAAACUGUUUGGAAAAACCAAACGAGUCCUAGUGACAGAUAUGAAAGCAAAUUAUUUCUGCAGAUAUUUAGAUGAUCUUUUGUAAAUAGAAAUUUUAAUGAUGGUGUUUCACUAACUACAAAAGAAGUGAAAUAGAUUUAUAAGUUUCGUUUUGAAAAUAUAAGGACAAGUUUGUAAAAAAAAAUGUGGAACUUAUUUUAUACCAGAGAGCGAAAUCGGCAGAGUAGUGCAAAUGAACUAAUAUUGGCUUGUGAAAGUUUAUAGAAACAAAUUAGGUUUAGUAGCAAACAAAAUAGAUAGAAUGAAAUUUAGAAAAAAAUAUCAUUAAUAAUUGUAUAGUAAUUGAUAAGAGGAGUUUAUUGAAUUACUUGCGCAACCGGACGAGAGCCGUGUACAUAUAUAGACAAGUAAAAAGAAAGUAAAGACGGAGAAAACAAAUUAUCGAACUAAAACAAUCAACAUGUGGGAAAUUCAACGAACCAUAACAGUAGCUCCGAAGUUGUUAAGUCAAAUAAAAAAUACAAUAAAUUCGGUGGUUGUCAUACCACCUAUAUUUUGCUCAUAAAAUGGAAUUUAUUUUUU